UCACUAAUUUUCCUCUUCCACUCAUUAUGACUCACCAGUUGUUCAAUCAGAUUCUAUAUGGAGGAAUGGUCUAAUGUUCCUUCCAAUGUGUUCUCCAAUAUCAUAAAACACUUUGGCUCAGUGCCGUUAUUCUUGCAAGGUGAGUUACUGAAGGUAUUGAAAACAGGGGUGCCAAUAAUUUGGACUCCUAUCUUUUUUUAGAUCAAAAAUAACAAUUGUUGAAAAAAAUAUCUUAAUCUGAGCAAUUGUAGUAGUAUAAAAUAAAAUAAAUUCCCCAUUAUUAUGAGCAUACAACAUAAUUUUAGACCCCACUGAAAAUCUAAUAUCCGUGUUAUCAAUAAUUGUGGACCUGACUGUACAUCUAUGUAUUGUUACACCAUGUAGGACCUGUGUAGACCUAGUUUCUUACUGUGAUAUCUAUUUGUUUGACUAAAUAUGUUUGUUGGACUAUACUCCAGACGUGUAGUAGAUUGGUUUGUUUUAAAUUCUCACGUAUAGAAACAACGCAUGCUUCUGUAUGUACGUUGCCAUAAAAUAUUAUUAUUUAAUGAAAUAGAUGAAGAAUAUGCUUUUUGUCUGGAAUGAACGUUUUCCUAACUGCGCUAAGCUCUCUCGUCAGCAGUGCGUUUUCAAGCAAUGCUACAAGAGUGACGUACAAUCUAGUGGACGGGACGCUUCUCUAAUAACAAUAACAGCUAGCUAGCCAGCCAACCACCUACCUCGGUAGCUUUUUAUCCAACAUAGCGAAACAUUGGAGCGCUUUAGACAUUGUCGGUGUAUAUUAGUCAUUGUGUUUUAAACACACGUCUGUCGCAUCUACUAUUUCCAUAUUUACGUUCUUGUUAGUCAGGUAACUUAGCUGGCUGGUUAAAUUAGCAGUUGCACUAGGCUAGCUAACAUCCCAGACCAUGAGUUCACUAAGCUAUUCCCCCCCUGCUAAAGAAGACGGGGUCGUGAAAGAGGAGAACGAAGAAGAGGCUGUCACGGUUAAACAAGAAGUCGAGGAUGAGGCUGUUAGAGUGAAAGAAGAAGACGUUUCAAUGAAAGAAGAGAAAGAGGAUACUGCUGUUUCAGUGAAGGAGGAGAUUACUGUCACAUUGGAGGAAGAGGAAGACGUUUUUGGAGUGAAGGAGGAGGGGGAGAUCACUGUCACAUUGGAGGAGGAAGAAGAGCAGAAUGGAUAUCUGAUUAACAGCAGAGAGAGACCAGACUCUCACUUUGACAGCGGGAAGAGUCGUUCAGGGGAAUCAGAGAUGGCAAAACAAUUAAGACCACACCACUGUUCCCAGUGCGGGAAAAGAUUCACCCGGUUAGGGAACCUGAAAGAACAUGAGAGGACACACACGGCAGAGAAGCCUUGUAACUGCUCUCAGUGUGGAAAGGAUUUUACCCAGUCAGGGAACAAGAAAGACCAUGAAAAAAAGAACACAUUCAGCAGAGAAGCCUUUCCAAUGCUCCCAGUGUGGAAUGAGAUUUACCGGAUUAAAAACCUUAAACUUCAUCAAAGAACACACAGAAGAGAGAAGCCUUUCCAAUGCUCUCAGUGUGGAAAGAGAUUUACCGAGUUAGGGUGCCUGAAAAACAUGAGAGGAUACACACAAGAGAAAAGCCCUACCCAUGCUCUCAGUGUGAUUACUGUCACAUUGGAGGAGGAGGAAGAGGAGGAGGUUGGAGAUCUGAUUAACACCCCAGGUGAAAGACCAGACUCUCACAACAGGAAGAGUCCUUCAGACCCAGAGACAACCAAACCCUCAAAACCACAUCAUUGCUCCCAGUGUGGAAAGAGUUUUACCUGGUUAGGGAAUCUGAAAUCACAUAAGCGCACACACACAGGAGAUAAGCCUUUCAACUGCUCCCAGUGUGGAAAAAGUUUUACCCAGUUAGGGAACUUGAAAUCACAUGAGAUGACACACACAGGAGAGAAACCUUUCCACUGCUCCCAGUGUGGAAAGGGGUUUAGACACGCAGGGAACCUGAAAGUGCAUGAAAGACGACACACUGGAGAGAAGCCAUAUAAAUGCUCACAGUGUGAAAUAAAAUGUUCCUCAUCCGGGGACCUGAGAAAACAUGAGAGAACACACUCUAUAAAGAGGCCUUUCCAAUGCUCUCAGUGUGGAAAGAGUUUUACCCAGUUAGGGAAUCUACAAAAGCAUGAGAGAACGCACACAGGGAAGAAGCCCUACCAUUGCUCAGACUGUGGAAAGAGAUUUACCCAGAUUGGGGACCUGAAAUCACAUGAACUGACACACACAGGAGAUAAGCCUUUCCAAUGCUCCCAGUGUGGAAAAAGUUUCCCCGGUUAGGGAACUUGAAAAUGCAUGAGAGAAUACACACAGGAGAGAAGCCUUUCCAUUGCUUCCUGUGUGGAAAUAGUUUUACAGAGUUAGGGACACUGAAAAAGCAUGAGAGGACACACACAGGUGAGAAGCCUUU